UAGCAAACCGGCGUUCUUUGUUUUUCUGUCCGCGAGCACCACCGAACAAGAAAAAAAAUGUCUGACUUGUGUCCUGUGUACGCACCGUUCUUUGGUGCAAUGGGCUGCACCUGCGCAAUUGUAUUUACCUGCAUCGGUGCAAGUUAUGGUACCGCUAAGUCUGGUGUCGGUAUCUCCGCUAUGGGUGUCCUCCGGCCUGACCUCAUCAUGAAAUGUUCCGUCCCCGUUAUCAUGGCCGGUAUCAUUGCUAUUUACGGCCUUGUCGUUUCGGUGAUCAUUUCCGGCACACUGGGAGUUUCGAUGCCCCUCGCACAGGGCUUCAUUGACCUCGGUGCGGGUCUGUCCGUGGGUCUUUCAGGUCUUGCAGCCGGUUUUGCCAUUGGUAUCGUUGGUGAUGCUGGCGUGAGAGGUACCGCACAGCAACCCCGACUGUUCGUUGGCAUGAUCUUGAUUCUUAUCUUCGCGGAAGUUUUGGGUUUGUACGGCUUGAUUGUAGCGCUUAUCAUGCAUACCAAGGCAGGAGAACUAGUCGGACUAUGUUCUUGAGUUUCCCAGCGAAGAGUGGCUGUGGACAGUGCUAAAUACUAUACUUGAUUGCCUCUCUUUGACCUGACAUCUCUGCCUCGUAAUGAUCAUGAAUUAGCCAUCUACUGUGUGCAUUUCUCUGAGAUGAUGCUGAGCCGGAAGUAGACGUAGAAUGGAAUGUUGUCCUUAGUCGACGUGUCAGAUCCAAUAUCCGUUGUUUCCAC